CUCUCUCUCUCUCUCUAUCUAUAUCUAUUGCUUCACUUUGUCGUUUGCUCUCUUUUCCUCGUUCUCGAUUACCUUUCUUUUUCAACCCUUCACGUGAAUAUACAGUAUGUUUGCAUUACUUUUCAUGUUACUACAUAUAUCUGUUUAUUUCUUCUUUUGUAUUUUCCAUGUACUUAUGUUACUUUCCUCUGUUUCUUUACUUCUUCCAUACGGUAGGCGUAUUUAACAGAGAAUCGUGCAGUACAACAGUGAAUCGUUAGUAGAACAAAAGAGGGAAAGUUGACGCUUUAUGUUCACCUUUCAAUAAUGUUUCUUUCACCGGAAAGAGGACGUUUUUUGACAUAAAAAAUGAGUUUUAAAUGCCGAAGUAUUAUUACUAAAAAAACUCGAUAUUAAGGAACGUUUUUUUUCUGUAUUUAUUUAUCUUUUUUUUUUUCUCGAACUAUCUCACUCUCCCCCUCGCCCCCUCUCUCACUCUCUUUCUCUCUCUGUCCUAAAAAGAGGGACUAUCACUCAAGAAAGGCAUACUAAAUGCUGUAUAUUUCAAAUAGGAAAAAAAAAACAACAAAGCUACGUCUACAAGUUCGGCGGUCACGUAGUUGUCGUAGCCGGCUUUUUCGCCCGUAAUUAACGAGCGUUUAUUACAAUGUCUACCGUAAAAAAAAGCGGCAAACAAGUCUUUUUUUUCAGUACAAUGGGGAAUGACUAAAGAAAGGAAAGAAAAGCAGAUGAGAAAGAGAAACUAUUAUAAAACAAAUUGGUAAUUAAUCGGGGAAUAAAUUCUUCAAGUAGUCUAACCCAAUAGAGCAAAGAGAAGAAGGAAAAGGUUGAGGGAAGAAUUGAGGAAGUGAGUAUGGGGAAGAAGAGAGACUUCUAAUUGCGAUGGUUUGAAACGCCCAAUUAAGGAGUGCUAAGUGGGUCAAUUGUAUAACGUAAUCAAAGCGAGGCUGAGGCCAUCCUACCGCAUUAUCAAAGUGUCAAGAACAAAAUGAGGAAGCAGACGAAUAAUGCCCCAUAGACGCCGCUGCGGCGCGCUCUUCGCUCUUCUUUUAUAUCUUUCAUUUGCUGUGCAGAAUGCGGUCGACGACUAUUUAUUCGACGUUCUAUUUCAUAUAUUCUUCAAUUAUUUCAGGUACGUUUGAAAAGAAUAUAAUGUCUGUUUUUCUUUGAACGGCAGCAAACUUUGUGUGUAAUAAUCACGUUUGCGUGUCGUUCUUUUCGACGUUGAUGUAUGAGGUGGAAGAGAGGCGGAAAGAUAAUAGCGUUUUACUGGCGGAGACAUCAUUCGAAUAGUCUGUCAUGGUAAAGGUUAAGAUUAUGUAACGUUAAAUAGACGCUUUACAAUAUUAUUUGUGUACCAAUUGAAGAACGUUUAUUGACGACACUAUGAAUAUUUAAAUACGUCAUCGUGAAAAAAAAGAAACGCUAUAUUCGAUCUAAUUCGUCAAUUUUCUACUGUAAACAAAGCGAACGACGGAAUUUGGCCGACAGGCAAAUUGCAGUUUUCGUUGCAGAAAUAUACUUACAGCACUUAGCAGAGAACGUCUAUUCGACAACAUUUAGAUAUUUAGGCAUUAAUUGCAUUUCGUCGUGACGUUUCAAUCAGACGUCGUCGUACAUAUUAUACAUUGUUUGGCAAACAAUUUGCUUAGAGUAAGAAACAAACAACUGGGAAGGAACAAGAAUCGAUUAAAAUAAUAUAAUUUUCCCUUAUGACUUUAAUGCACCUUCUGUCUACUAUACAGUAUAUAUAUAUAUAUAUAUAUAUAUGUUAGUAAUAUAUCCUUGACUGUCCUAAACCAUAUAUUGUAUAUAUAUAUAUAUAAUUUGAUAUCUUUAUUUAUAUAUUUAACUCAACGAAGCAUUUGCAUUUUUUUUCUCCUUUUUUCUAUAGCCGACUUGAAAACUGAGACCGUGUGCCAAGUGAACGAAUUUAAAGCUGAUUGCCUAGAAGAUGAAACUAUAAUAAUAAAGAAAGCUCUAUGGGGGAGAAUGAAAAAAGGACAUUGCAUUGAACGUACUCUUGGAUGGGUAAAUUGCUCCAGUAAUAUAAUUGACUAUUUAGAUAAGAAAUGCUCAGGAAAGAAGAGGUGUUCCUUUCUUGUUCCAAAUGAAGACUUGGAUAACAUAGAUCCCUGCAAUUCGAUAGACUUAAAAAAUUAUCUAGAAGUGGAAUAUGUCUGCAUUAAAGAACGUAAAUUACCCUGUAGAAUCAGUCGGAGACUCUCCUCUUCUGCGCCAUCUGCCGUCCUUUUUCCAAAUACAUCAUGCUCUAGUCAAAUUCAAGCGAAAGAAGGUCAGCGAAUUAGGGUCAAAAUCUAUGGCAUUUCAGUACCUUACGAUGUAUCAUUGGAUAUUUGGGAAGCGGGACGCUCUGUUAAGAAAUUCGAAUUUCGGAAUAAUAAAGUUACAAGAUAUUCUUACGAAUCGGAAAGUAGCCGUUUGAAUAUCUCGUUGACAAACUUUCAUACUCACCGAUUUGACGAGGAGAGGAUAUUCGUUACCUAUGAUUAUAUCGGAUGUCCGCACUUAUACUUUGCCGAAAAGAAUAUCCAAGUGAAAAUAUUACACGACUCAGUAACCGCCGAAAUAACUUGCCGCGCAGAUGGCCAUAUUUAUAAGCAUACUUGCGUCGGACAUAAAUGGAUAGGACCAACAGUCAACUGCAAUCCAACAUCUCCCAAAAAUAAUGCAGAUGGCGCUAGUCAGUUAUCAAUGCCUCACGGAAUAUCGAUGGCCUUGACCGUAAUAAUAGCAUUAGCAAUUGCCUUUCUUCUGCCCGCUUUAGUUCUGCUCCUUUUACGGAGAAGAUUGGCAAAAAAGAAGAAAAAGAGUAGAAGGAUACCAACUGAAGAUAUUUAUGAUAAAUAUAAUAACGUGGCUGUUUUGGGAACAAGAAAAUGCUGCAAAUUUGAAAAUGAAAAUGAAGAUAUACCACCAGAUAUUUUGGGAGAUGGACAAACUAACUUAUCCCUUAUAAAACCUUAUAGGAACGCCAGUGCUGUUUAUUAUUCCCAAGUGCCUAAUUACGACAGGUCACUAUAUUUUACCAAUCAUAAUUAAAGCAGGUAUAUUUUUUACAAAGAAGAGAAGAUGAAAAUUACAAGAUCAAAAGUAUUUAAGCGUUUAGAAGGCUGCUAAAAGAUGGAGAGAGAGAGAGAGAGAGAGAGAGAUACUGUAUAUGUGUACAUUAUAUGUAUAAAGUAUAUAAGUACAUAUGUAUAUACUAUAUAUUUCCAUGUAGAUGUAAAUAUAAUAUACGUCAUAUGUAUGUUUUUAACAUCAUCUAUAAAUAUAUCUUACGUAUUGUGUGCAUCAGAUAUGUGCACCUCCAACUAGAUUUUCUUCUUAUUGAAACAUAUUAUAUACGUUGUAUAUUCGAGUGUUUCCUUUUCUUCUUCCCUUUUUUCUACAAAUAUAAAUCAAAAGUCUGAUCUACCUAAGUUUUUUU